UGGAACUAGUAGAGGGGGCGCUGAUGGCACCCAUGUCUGUAAAACUGCGCAUUCACCCACAAGCACCCAUUUGUAUUGCGCGUUAAUCUUCAUGAGUCGCAGUUCCUGCAAUUAAUUAGUCGCAAUUCCUCAGAUAGUAGCAGCCCGUGUUGUGCAAGUUUCUGCAGUACUCGGAAGCACGCGAGCAAGGGCAAUGUCUGAACUCCCCACUCUCGACCUGCCCCCAGAGGACAUAGAGACAGAUGAUUGUCUUCUGUCUUACAACUACUUGUACAGCCCCACUCUGCUCAAAGGCAGGGUGGCAUUUAUCACUGGAGGGGGGUCUGGAAUAGGAUUCAGAAUUGCUGAGAUAUUUAUGAGACAUGGCUGUGACACGAUCAUUGUCAGCCGGAACCUGCAGCGGGUAUCAGAGGCUGCUGAAAAACUCAAAGUUUCUACAGGCCAGCGCUGUCUGCCCCUAUCCGGAGAUGUCAGGGAUGCCCAGAGCAUGAAUGCUGCUGUAGAAGAAGCUCUUCGGAUAUUUUCUCGUGUCGAUAUCCUGGUCAACAAUGCCGCUGGGAAUUUUCUCUGCCCUGCCAGCUCUCUCUCCCUCAACGCCUUCAAGACUGUCAUUGAUAUAGACACAGUGGGCACUUUCAAUGCCAGUAAGAUCCUGUUUGAGCGAUUUUUCAGGGACAAUGGAGGUGUCAUUGUGAACAUCACGGCUACACUGAGCUUCAGAGGACAGGUCUUGCAGGUGCACGCGGGCAGUGCCAAGGCCGCUGUAGAUGCCAUGACUAGGCACCUGGCCGUGGAGUGGGGUCCCAGCAGAGUACGAGUGAACUGCUUGGCACCGGGGCCCGUCUCUGGCACAGAGGGUAUGCGCAGACUUGGCGGUGCAGCAGCGGAGGCAGCAGGCGUUUGGGCCACUCUUCCACUUCAGCGCAUUGGAAAUAAGACAGAGAUUGCCCAUGGAGCUCUCUUCCUUGCCAGCCCUCUGGCCUCCUUCGUAACUGGCACAACUCUGGUGAUGGAUGGCGGAUCAUGGAUGACAUCACAAAAUCAUCUGGCACCAUCGCUGGAUCUUUGGGCCUCUGGGCUGAAGAAGGACAAAUGAAGCAUUGGACGAAUAAAACUGAUCAAGUUGCCCAUUUGGCUCUUCCCGUAACAUUCCAGCCGAGGCAGAACACUAAUGGUGGCCGUAGCUGUACUGGUACAAAUAUCAUUGUUCCAUGAGUAUCCGAACAACACAAAUAAUCAGCAUUUUGUGCACUUGGAAAAUGGAUGUACAAGCCAUUACUUGGCCACUGUAUGUGGAGUGGCAUCGAACAGAACUGUGCCAGGGCAAAGGGCAAUGAGCAAUGAUACUAUUUCUUUGUAAUUAGGGGUUACGCUUGUAUGGUGUGCCUACAUUUGUAAUUUGGCUGCUAAUUAAAAUGUUUUUUGUAUUUUCAGUG